UUAACUAGACUAAGAACGUUUGGAUCUUCCCCGUCCACAUACUCGCUGGUCAUAGCAUUCGGUCCCGUUCAACGCCUCCGUGUGAAGUUGCGCGCCACCUGUUUGCCGUAAUGCCAAAGACGAGAAAUUGCUAUUCCAUCCUUCGAGCCUUUAAAAUUUGAACGCGCCUGCGGGAUUGCAACCCUUGCUCCAUCAGCGAAGAAUGGGGACCGUUCUCGACUCCCAUUUUCUAGCGCUCACAGCCAUUGUCACAGUAGGGUAUCAGAUGCUUUUCUUUUUCGUUACUGCACUUCUCAGAUUCGAUAAGCUCACAGAUUUUGCAGGCAGUACAAACUUUGUUCUACUUGCAAUACUAACUCUUUUGUUGAAAGGAUCGUGGCAUUUUAGACAGAUUGUCUUGACAACUCUUGUGGUAGUAUGGGGUCUUCGAUUGGGUUUAUUUCUGUUAAUGAGAAUCUUGCAAUGGGGAGAAGACCGCCGUUUUGAUAAUAUGCGUGAUAAUCUGGCAAAGUUAUCAGUUUUCUGGAUCUUACAGGCCCUAUGGGUUUGGACUGUAAGCUUGCCUCUUACAAUUGUGAAUGCUAGUGAUAGAAAUCCGUCGAUAAAAGCUCAAGAUGUAAUUGGAUGGGUAAUGUGGUUUGUGGGGUUAACUGUGGAGGCUACUGCUGAUCAGCAGAAGCUUGUGUUCAAGAAUUCUCCUGCAAACAGAGGAAAAUGGUGCAACAUGGGUGUCUGGAAAUAUUCCCGGCAUCCAAAUUACUUUGGCGAAAUUCUGCUUUGGUGGGGAAUAUUUGUCGCUUCAACCCCAGUUCUAAAAGACGCCGAAUGGCUCGUUGUAUUCGGUCCAAUCUUUCUGACAGUUCUGCUUCUAUUUGUUAGUGGUAUUCCACUUCUGGAGGCUUCAGCAAAUAAGCGCUUUGGCUCUGUAGAGGAGUACCGUAUCUACAGAUCAACCACCAGCCCCCUAAUUCCUCUGCCACCUGCACUAUAUGAAAGUAUACCGGCCUGGUUCAAGGUAGCAUUCCUUUUUGAGCUUCCAUUGUACAAUCAAGGAAUUGGUCAUGACGCAAUGUUGAGCUGAAACUGAACCUGAACCUGAACCUGUUAAGUUUUACUUGGCACCUAUAAAUGAUGUUUUACAGAUAUUUCAUUUUAAGCCCUCU